AUGUUUACACCAAGAAAGCCACCAUCGACACCUCAAUCGCGUAAUUUACCGAAAGAGUGUUUUCGCCUUGCUUUCCUUGACACUGCUAUUCUAAAAGCUAAUGAAAAUUUUCGUAUUCAUAACUCUCCAACACAACCAAACACACCAAGUUUUAAUGAUCCGCCAAUUCUUCAACCUGGAGAUGUUAUAGAGUUUUAUGGUCCAGCCUGUAGUGGCAAAACUACAAUUUUAUACCAUACAAUUCUUACCACAAUUCUUCCACCACGUUGGACUCGAUCAAAUGAAGCUGAUAACGCGUCAAUUGAUUUGUGCGGUCGUGGAAAAGGCGUCAUAUUUUUUGAUUUAGAUGGGAAAUUUAAAAUUCAGAGGUUGUAUUCGAUGAUUCUGCAUUACUUAAUACAACGAGUGAGCAAUACGGUAAAAGAGAAGAAAGGGCAAUAUAGGCUUGUGCCGCCUUUACACAAACAAGACGAAAAAAUGGACACUUCAAAUGUUGGAUCAACGAGUGCAACAAGCGACGUGAACCUGGAUUGGAUCCCAUCGGAAGAUGAAAUCAAAAUGAUUGCAAAAUCAGCUUUACAUAAACUUCAUAUAUUUGAACCAACAAUAUCCGAAUCUUUUUACGCAACGUUGUUGACUUUACCCGAAUACAUGAUGGGAUGCACUCAGGAUGAAGGAUAUGAAUUCUCUUUCCUGAUGAUAGAUUCAAUUAACUCGUUUUACUGGCAAGAUAAGGUUGAAGAAGGGGAUCAGAGCGCAGAUGGUGACAAAUGGAAACAGAAAAAUUCAUACUAUUAUGUUCAAGCAUUGAGACAAAUUAUUCAAGUGACAAAGAUAAUCGUGGUGGCAACGAAUGGUGUGUCAAUGAAAACGAACGUCGUCCAGUCACUCCCUUCCGAAUUAUGCUAUACAAACAUUGCACCGUUAGCUUGGCAAUCUUUUGUCAAAUACAGAUUCGCUUUAGCCAAGCAACCUUUGCUACAAUAUCUAAUUAGUCCUCAGGAGGCGGUGGACAUGGAGGAAAUAAAAAGGAAAGAAUUUAUAAGUCAACCAUGGUUCUAUGGGAGGUUGGUCACACCAGUUUAUAAUAAUAUUCACAAUAUUGAAGAAAUAUUUCAAUUUCGUAUAGGUGAGGGAGGAUUAUCUGCAAAUAAUUUGGUUUCCCCUUGA